AUGUACCUGACUGACUCACCUAUUUUAGAUUCCAUGUCUUCACUAUCAAGAGGCGCUGUCGGAGUCAACAAGCCCAAGCCUGUAAACGUAAAUAGCUUAUACGCCGGUCGAAAUCUUGCUGCAGGAUCUAAACCUCUUGGCAAACAUGGUCUCACAUCAGUUGGAAAGAGCGUUGGUGUCGUCCGACGUAUGCCACCACCUGCAACGCUUCCUUCACUAAAGGCGGAAAAUAAUGGUCAAGACCCUACCACUGCAGUCGUACCACAAGGAGGAACUGGGUGGUGCAAGAACGAAACGGCUGCAGACUCUGCUGACGCAGCGAAGACUUCGUCUUUGAGCACCUCAGGAGGACCAGAUUUGCGACCGACAUGGGCAAAGCCGUCAUCGGAUGCACUGACUAGUGGAAAUAACAAGUGGGUAAUUGAAGGCAACUCACAUGCUAAUGAAUCGAAAACUUCAGCAGACUUCCCAUCCUCCGAUGAAAUGCAUCUGUUCCCUUCGCGCUACAACCAUAAUGCACCGGAUUCGUUGAGUGGAUCCACCCGUUUCCACUCGUCUUCUGACAGGCCACGAUUUCAAGGAAGUUCCGAUGCUAGGGUAUCAGCACCAAACUACUCUUGUCCCACUCCGUCGAGAAGUAGCCAAAAGCUCACGGAACUCAAUAAGAGCGAACUUAGCGCUGUGCGCGAGACCAAUCCGAUUAAUGCGGCACGACGUGAGGACGACCGAAUUGUACAGUCCUCUCAGAUGCCUCGAUCAUUCGAAUUUUUUGAUGGUAGUGCUACCCGGGAAAACACUCAAACUGAAGAAUCUUACAGUGUUCGUGAGUAUGAUAGGGAUGACGCGAUUGGCAAGAGCCGUCAUAAGCGAACUAGUUUCAAGAGUUUUGAUGGCGAAGAUACUAGUAAAACGGCUGUUGCGGACAAUCAUAAAUCUGAGCGGGAAGUUGGCGACUCGAAAAGGCGUGACGUAGGAUAUAUCGAUAAAGAUUUAGAACUCGAAGAUGUCAGCGAUGAAGAUGAUGAUAUUCAAAUGACGAAGCUGGACAAGCCAAGUAUCCGUAUAGUGAAGCGCGUUGCAGAAUCAAACGGGGUUUCUUUGAACGAUAAUGGAGACGCUUCUCCUCAAUCUCCUGAGGCUGCUGCUAGCAUUCGGGUGGUAUCAAAGGGACAGCGUUCUAGCAGUGAACUCUCCUCUGAAAGAAAAGCUGAACAGUCUGCGAAUGCUGCUGACGAUACUCAUCCUUCAGAAUCUAAAACGCUUUCGCGUGUGCCAAAGAUUAUGCAACAAGCAAUUGAGCAACAUUUUCCUUCUGUAUCUGAAGCUGCAUCUAUAAAAGUUGACAAGGACACUGCAAGACGGCCAGCCGACUCUGACUUUGCCCGUGCUACUUUGCGGGCAAGACGACAGCAGGGUAGCAAUGAUGUGCGCCAACUUAUGUAUUCAGAAGAUGCAUAUCAACGGCGGAUGCCUCCUCACACUCAACGACAAGACAGUGAAGCUGAUUACCGUACCCAACCGCCCAUCAAAAUAGUUCAAAAGGAACAACCGCGACUUGAUCACAAAGAGGGAAAUCAUGCCGAACUCUGGAAUAAAAGUACUCGUCGACAGGCUCCACCGCGAGGUAGAUGCGUACGAAACCGUGGACGGGCAGUUAUACAACCACAAAUUUUCCGGCGAUCAUCAUCGACGAAGAAAGAGCCGGAACCUGAGGAUGUGCUUGUAAAUGAAGAGAAUGUGGACGAGCCAUCGCUACUCUCUGAAGGUGACCUAGGAACACAUGGACUUGAAGGAAAGCCCCAUUACGGCGCUGUAGGGGAGAAAACUACACCAGCCCUGAAAUCGAAAACCCGAUCUGAUGCAGCGAAAUCGAAUGUUGCGAAGGCACCACCGCCGAAGAAUAUUGAGAGUGGAGCUAUCAAUGAACAGGGGAGAAACGAAGAACUGGGAGGAUUUCCGCCGUCGGAAGAAACCGUGGACCGUGCUCCUAACAGGUACCGAAACAAAGGUUUUGCGCAACGUGGUCACAACCGAAAAGGACGAGGAGGGCAGCAGCUUGGCAAAGUUGAUUUCGAGGAGUCGCAUUCGCAACGUUACCACAGAGGAAGCGAUAGUGGGGCAAAUAAUGCUGGGCAUCCAGUGAAGUCAUUAAAUCAGCUAAAAGGGAGGCAUGAUUAUCCGCAACAACGCAGUCGUCGAAAGUUUGACGUCCAUCAGAAGACUCAUCCACACAUGAAAUCCAUUGGGCAGGAGCGAACAGACCGCUUGCGAAGUCCGGUUGUCUCUAGUGAGGGUUACGAUGAGUGGGAGACCGCUAGUGAGAGCAGUGCACGUGCUACACGUGACGAUCGUUCUAAUUCUGCAAUCUGUUCUACUAGGGGUUCAAACCGACAAAUGAACUCAGGCGCUACCUCAUCAAGGCUAAGCCCAAUGAACUCGCAUCAGUCAGGAAAUCGUAGCGCCCCGGUCUCCUCCGCUUUAGGCGUAGAUAAUGCCAGCGCUCUAAGCAAUGUUGAGCGUUCUUAUGGUUCAAAAAACGCCCAACCCGCCAGCCGUACGUGCCAGUCCCCCUCCGGAAGUUACAACAACUACAGAAACAACAAGGAAACUAAUUCGAGGAAUGUCUCGGACGCGCUGGCGGGUCUUGACAUCAACAACAUCGCAAGUGUUGUAGUUAUUGACGAUCAUUUAGUGGAAACGGCAAGUGUAGAUGCCAGCGAAGAGUUUGAAGAGGUUUUGAACAAGCGAGCGAAAAAACAGAAGGCUCUUUUGCUGCAGGCGAAGUUAGAAGCUGAAGAAAAGCGUAAAAUGAAGGAGAAAGAACAUUUCAAGAAGAACGAUAUAAAGAAGGAUCAGAAGCAGGAGAGCGAAAAUUGGGCUGCUGCUGCUGAGAAAAACAAGUCGAAACAACAAGACCGAAAGAAACCGGAAAUCAUCGCCGUUACAGAAACUGCUCCUACAACGGAGAAUCCCGAGUCCUUGCCUGCUCCUUCAAUAAUUCCUUCCCCAAUUGCGAGACCAAAUCCACGCUCGAAGUCGGCCGCGUCCGAUACGGCGCCGCCAUUUCAGGAUCUUGUCAGACAAAUUGUUGAAUUGCCAGUGUCUCUUUCAUCCAGCCAGCCAUUGCGUGGAGACAAAUAUGACUUUACUUUCGAUCCGCGUCUUCAUGAGGAGCAGAUUCCUAACGAGAAGGUUCUCACCUCUCUCUCAACUGGCGCAAGCUCGGAAGCUGGAAGUAUGACUGACGAUUUUCGUUUGAAAGAAAAGCUUUACAAAGUUAAGGGUUUGUGGUCGGGAGAGGAGAAGGACUCCGAAUCAAGCUUGCCUUCAAAUGUUGCGAAGGUGAAACCACAACCACAGUCUGGUUCGGAGCACUUACAAAGCGAUGGGAAAGCUGCAUCUAAUGUGCAAAACGGAUGUCAUACUGCUCCUCCUAAAAGUCCUGGAAUCGCACCGUUUCCUGGAUUGGGUGGUUUUAUGUUCUCUCCUUUCCCAGUAAUGUUCGGAGAUGUGUCAAUGGGACGAGGCUACACAUCUGUUGGUUCAGUUCUUCAACCCCUUAUCCCUCCCUCCAAUGCAUCUAGUCCUCCAAUCGGUCAACCACUUUAUCAGCAACCCCCAUCCCUUGCCGCUACUGGUGCAAUGAAUCAACGCCCCCUUCAAAUUCGUUCCAAUUAUGUGGAUCAGAACGCAAUGUUCGCUACUAGUCUUCCACCAUCACAGAAUGUUUCUUGGAAUAUUGGUAAUAUCGGAAGCAUGUUAGAUAGUGCAUGCAGCGCUGCUUUGUCCGGAACUCCGUCACCGCAACUGGCGGCUACUCAUAUGUCAACAUCAGUGCAGCAUCCUCCACCGAAUAUGAUACUGCAGCAUCGUGGACCCGCACCAGCUACCAUGGCACAGAACCAUUCACAAUCGCUCGCUCACGGUUAUGGAGUGGGUAACCUAGCGGUUGCGGGAGGACAUAUGGGACCACCACACCCUCCACCCAAUGUAGGCGCACCAACAGCCCUGGUUCCUCCUCCGCCAAUCCCACCCCCUGAGAUGAUGAAUAUACCCCCUCCAAUUGGCAGUCAGCGUGUCGCUCCAGUAACAAUACAGUUUGCUCAUCCGCCUCCACCCCCAAAUCAAGAUUCCCAAUGGGAUAACGGAUUGGCACGCACUUUUGUAGGGUCACGACCACAAUUUGCCUCGUUCUCAAAUAACAACUCAUCUUCACGUUCUUCAUCGCAGAUGAAUGCAAAUUUACAGGGGAACAGAUGGGGAUUGAAUAGUAAUCGUUCUAGUCUCUCUGGAUCAUCACAACCGGCAGCAUGCGUCGGCAGAGUCCCAUGUACCAGUGAAAAUAUUGCGGAAUGCAAAUCAUCCGUCAACAUCACUUCACUGAAAUCAUGUCUGGGACAGGGAUCACGUGGAAACUAG